UCUUUAUUAUACACUUACCUACCACUAACAGUCUCUUAACAUAUAAAGUGAACUAAUACUCUAGACUUCACAUAUUAGCUGAACCAACUCUCACAUAUAGUCUCUUAACAUAGUUAUUUAUAUACUGUUUAAGGAUCAAAUUGUGCUAAUGGACUCAGCAGUCUGUCGUACAUUAAAGAAACGCAGAAAGCUACACUGUUGUCUCUUAUCUAACAGUAAGAAUGUGAGAUAACAUUCAACAGUAAGUAUACAAUAUGUACAGAGUUUGUGCUAUGUUACCAGCUGAGGGCCAUUUCUACUUUUGUAUCAUUGUUUGUUUUUUAGAAAUAUAUAAUAGGGAGGGUGUGAAAACCCAUGUAAUGGCUAACGGUGGAUAAGAUAAAUCUCUUGUUCCUCUCGACGUUGCUUUGGACAAAAGCUAAAGGAAUGUAAUGCCAAUGUGUUGAAAGAGUGUCCGAUAGUACAGGUGCAGACUGGUGGAGCCUGCUGCAUUAGCUUUGUUUCCCCAUGCAGAACUCCACUCAUGACUGGUUUAGCAACAAUGCACUGAAUGCUGCUGUUGACGGGAUGUAGAGAUAGGGAAACACAAAGAAACAUGCCUGGGACAUUUCUGAUCAGAACAAUCAUAACAAUAGUUCUGCUUUCAGUAUUUAUGCUAAGCUAGGCUAAUCUUUCUUUUUUGUACAAAUCUUACCUGAUAUAUUAAUGUGAACUCUAUUUACGAGGUCAUUCAUGAGGAAAGGACUCUGCAUGCAGACAGAGAGGACGCACAGACACGAAAUACGAUACGAUAAUACUUUGAAUCUGACCUUUUUCUUGCAUCACAGAAGCUCCAUUUUCAACAUCAACAAGGCAAAUGUAUGAAACAAAAACAAGGAAAGAGACAUUAAGCAUUACAUUACAAUCAAUGGCGACAAUGUGUUCCUGGGCCUUUAACAUACAUGUACAAUCGAUCUGGGACUCUGUAUUUCAUUUCAGUGUGACCUGGUGCACAAAAGAAUGCUUCAGUCUUACCUUAUUAACCUGUGGGACUCUGAUCUGAUUGAGCUGUUUGCAUUGUUUGCCAUCUUUCUGGUGUGUAAACGUGAUUCCAUGGUAUUUCACAAUAUCCUUGGAACCAGUUCGACUGCUCCUUACAAGCCUAGGAGCAUUCACAUGUAUACAUCAGCCUUGGUGUAGAUUCCUUUCUUUACGACCAAAACACACUACAACAACCAGCAGAUCUAGAAUGAACCCUUAAAGGACGGGAUUAUGUCAUCCGAAUAGAAAAAAAAGCUGAUCGUUGGAUGGCGAUGGAGCUUUCUGCAGCCUCCCUGUCUGAAGACCAGUUCACCUGCUCCAUCUGUCUGGAUGUGUUCAACAACCCCGUCUCCACCUCAUGUGGCCACAGCUUCUGCCAGGCCUGCAUCUCCUCCUACUGGGACACGAAAGUGGGGGCCAAGUCCUAUGAGUGUCCCCUCUGCAAGGAGCCUUUCCGCAGGCGACCGGAGCUCCACAUCAACCGCACCCUGAAGGAGAUCACGGAGCAGUUCAAGCAGAUCGUCAGCUCUGGAGGGCAGGGUGUGGACCAUCCAAACUCUCACCCCCGCCAUCGCCAUCCCUCUCUCUCUCUCCCGCAGAGGGCGGGGGAGCUGCCGGGGACCGUCUUCGCUGAGAUGAUGAAUCGUUUCCAGCAGCUGCAGACUCCGGGGACGCCUAACACCCACCCCUCCUCACCCGAUGACCCUCUCCCUCAGAGCCCAGCUCCAUUCAGUGAUGAGCACCAAGACCCGCCUCCCCCCUACUCGCCCCCCCGCAGGCAUACCGUGAGUGUCCCCAGCGACUCCUUCCAGAAUCUUCCCAAGUGUCCCCUCCACCUGAGAGCUCUGGAGCUCUUCUGCCGCACCGACAACAUCUGCAUCUGCUCCAGCUGUGUGGAGACAGCGGAGCACAGGGGGCACAGCGUCACCCCCGCCCAGAGGGAGUGGCACAGCAGGAAGUCCCAGUUGGGUGUUGCAGAUGUGGAGCUGAAGGGUCUCAUCUCUGAGAGAGAGAGGAAAGUGGAGGAAAUACACAACUCCCUACGAGAGAUACAGGCUGCUGUGGAGACACAGACUCAUGGAACUGUUUGUGUGUUUUCCAAGCUGAUCUCCAGUUUGGAGCGCUGCCAAGCUGAAGUCUUGGAGGUGUUGGAGAGGAGCCGGCGGGCGGCUGAGCACAGAGCGGAGGUCCUGCUGACGGAGCUGCAGGAGGAGGUCUCUGAGCUGAGGAAGAGGAGGGAGGCCGUGAGUCAGCUGGCUCUGACUGAAGACUACGUACUCUUCCUCAGGAGCUUCCCUGCCCUGUCCAGCCCUCCCCCAGCGAAGGACUGGUCCUCUGUCUCUGUGGUGUCUGAGCUGACCUCGGGGGCGGUUCUCAGGACUGUCUAUCAAAUGAUGGAGCGCGUCCAGGAAGAGAUACAGCAACUGCCCAAAGUCUUCCAGCAAUCGUCGGAGCAUGCUGUACCAAAGACCAACCCAAUGACAAGAAAGGUUCAAGAAUAUGCAACAAACGUCAUUUUAGAUGCCAACACAGCCCACCCACGGCUCAUCAUCUCAGCUGACGGGAGGCAGGUUCAGUGUGGGGAGCGCCACCAGUCUCUGCCCGACUACCCCGAGCGCUUCGACCGGGUGGUGUGUGUGCUGGGCCGCCAGGGCCUCAGCUCAGGGCGCCACUACUGGGAGGUGGAGGUUGGAGGAAAGACUGACUGGGACCUGGGAGUGGCAAGUCACUCCGUCAAUCGGAAGGGCAAAAUCACUGUAAGCCCCGCCCACGGCUACUGGUUCCUGAGCUUGCGAGAUCGGACGGACUACGCCUUCCGAACAGAACCCUCCACCAACCUGACCGUGAACCCCAGACCCACGCGGGUGGGCGUCUUUGUGGACUGUGAUAAGGGGGUGGUGUCCUUCUACAAUAUGGAGGCCAGAUUGCUCAUCUUUACAUUCACAGAUGUCUUUCCUGACACCAUCCAUGCCUUCUUCAGCCCCUGUACUAACAAAUCAGGGAGGAAUGAGGCUCCACUCAUCAUCUGCCCUGUUGCAAUGCCAGAAUGAAAUGUGAAAAGGACUUCUUCACUUCCACUCGCUUCAUGUAUGAAGGAAGAUACCUCUGCAAUAGAUUUGAUCAUCUGCAAUUUAACGCAGAGUAGAGUAAGUCAUGAGGCUAAAAGUUUACUUAAGUUAUUUAUGCCUGAGGUGUCACUCAUGUGGUGGUCCAUAUGUCAAUACUUUAAGACUGUUCUCACAUUGGUAAUUUCCAUGUUUGGCACUAUUUAGUGAUGAAAUAUCUAUUCAGACACACUGCAGCAAAGAGACCUAGCUGAAACCAAGGGAAACAAAAUGUUUUUAGUCUGAGGGAAAACAUUAAAAAAGAAAGACUACACUAAAAUCAGUGUAAGGCUGUAAUUGCUAUCACACACUAGAAUAGAAAUGAUGUACAGUAUGAGAGCCUGGCUAAAUGUGUGGCUCUUUGCAAAAGUCCAAUCAUAUCGGACCUAAAGGCUUACAUCUAGGUCCAAAUAUAUUUUUUAUGACGAUUGUGUCUGUUUAGAAUUCUGUCAAUUCAGUAGUCGCUUUAACUUUAACACUACUUUAAAAACGUGUUAAAAUGAUUAUUAUUACAUAUUAUUAUAUAAUAAGAUUGUAUUAUAUUGUUUACUUGUAUAUCAUGCAAUGGUUUACAUGAGACUACAUUUGAAUAUACUGAUCAGCAUUUUUAAGAUACCUUCAUUCAUUUUGUUCACGAUCACUGCACUGUACUGCAAAUUGAAAAUGUUUACAGCUGGGUGUCCAAGCAGCAAUUAAGUGGUACAAACACAACAAUACAAUUUUGAGUUGUCAUUCAAAGUUGACAUGACCACAAUUUACAGAAUGUUGUCAGGCCAGUUGGGGCAUGACGUUUGUUCUGUUGUAAAGAGCAAACAGGGAAGCUUAAAUGGAUCAUAGAAGUUAUUACGUAGUUAUUCUUCUAAACAGCGAUCUCAUGUAUCAGUCUUUGGAAUGUCCCGUGGUCCUUUCUGCUUAUUGAGUCAAUACGGGAACGGAAACUCUAAGUCAAGAUUAAAUUAAAAAUAUAUUUUUAACACUUUUAGAUCACAUAUUGUGCACAUAUUUAACAAUACAUUCCCAAAAAAAUUGAAAGCAAAAAAAAUCCUUUAAACCCAAUCAUAUGUGAUGUGAACUUAUGUAAGGUAAUAUAAACACCUCCUCUUAUGCUGUGCUGCAAUGAUUUUCAUAUUAUGACGUUUAUAGUUUUUUUCUGUUCUUUGCUUUUAUUAUCACAGAAGCCCGUUCACAGUUUUUUUUUUUUUAAAUGUGCUUUAGAAAUAAAGUUGACUUGACCUCGUACAGUAUGUGAGGAUACUUUAUUGACAUCAAGUGAACAGACAAAUAGUGAUGUUAUGAUGGGAACAAGGACACACACUGUGAACACAUACACUGCAGGCCGCACAACCAACACUGUUGAAACAAACAGGAAAUGUAAUCAGAACAUUUGGUCCUGAAUGUGUCUUGGUAGAUCUCCAACACACACUCUCUCUGCUGAGUACCAGGACACUGCUAAGACACAGUUUCACUAUGAAGCUCCAACAACACGUACUAUUGUCACAAAAAAAAAAUCCAAAUUCUAGAGCCAAAUACAUUUGACUAGUGAUGUCCAAAAAGAAACUGAUCCUGUUACAUAGUCAAUAGGCUAUACCACUCAUGCAGAAGUACACUGUUUAUGUGACACUGUUGACAAUUUUGUUUGGAUAAAAUCAUGGAUGUUCAAAGGUAUAUUGAUAAAAGCUGGUUAUCCACUUUUAAAAUAAUUUGCUUAAUGUGACUAGGGUCCUGUUAUGAUAAUGUUAAUGUCAGAUUUGUGACUGAUGGCUCAAACUGCUCACGGACAUGAGGGUUAGCAUUGAAAAUGAAGCUAAUGAGCUAGCUGCUAACUGUUUGUCUGAGACACCAGCUACUUUUUCUACGGUUAACAUUCUUGCAUGCUAAGUCAUUUAUACAUUGUAUUUGUCCAUGUCUUAUUACUUAUUAUAAAUAAAUAAACCAAAUACUAUUUGCCAUGUAAUAAAGUGCAGUUAAAAUGCGAUAAAUAGCC